AUGGUGCGAUCGGCAGGGCAGCUUUGCUGCCUUUGCCACUCCUGUACGGCUCAAGGGUGGAAAUUGGCAGUGCCAGCCAUGGAGCAACAAUUUUUCCAAGGCAUGCUAGACCUUGUCGAGAAACUACGGGCAUACGCAGUGGCCCUGCAGCACGUCGAGCAACGUGUGGAGCAACUCAGGCAGGAAUCGGAAGCUCGGGCCGCAGCGGCUGACCCUGAAACAACAACAAUUAAAGAAAGUCAGACCAUGAAACGACUUCGUGAGCAGUUAAAGGGCGAAGUCAAGGCCUGCUGGAAAUUUCGUGCAGAGCUGCACCGGGAAGUUCCAAGGCUGGAAGUAUUCAAGUGUAGUAAGCACAAAUUGCGACACUCGGAAAAAGCCGCGGCCACCCGGGCCCCAAAUCUGCUCUUACUCGCCCACCCUGGACGUGGCCACUGGUGGCACCUUAUCAAAGAACCUGGGGAACAGAUGGAACAGAAGCUUCGGUGGUGGCCACCCAAAUGGAAUGGCAUAUCCCCGAACCCCCGAGAACAGAUGCUGCUAGAAGCCACUCUUCUUGUGUCUGACGCUGUCUGCAUCCAUGACGAGACAAUUGUCAACACUGCUGACGACUUUGUGCCACCGACGGGGUUCAAGAAGACACAUCGCUAUGAAUCCUCUGGCUGGCUGAUCGAGGAUUCGCCUACCGGAGCGCAGCAGGACGGAGCGCAGCCGAAAGCUGAACCGACAAGCCGCGGCUGUCAGGAAACAGCACAGCCGAAAGCUGCGCAGACUGGCCGCCGCUGUCAGGAAACAGCACAGCCGAAAGCUGCGCAGACUGGCCGCCGCUGUCAGGAAACAGCACAGCCGAAAGCUGCGCAGACUGGCCGCCGCCGUCAGGCUGGUGAACCCUGGCUGGCGUGUCGGCGGAGCAUGGCCACAUGUGAAACUUGGGACGGAGCACAGCUGAAACCUGCGCAGGACGGAGCGCAGCCGACAGCUGCGCAGACCAGCGGCAACCACCAGGAAGAAGCGACCGGAGCGUUGCCACAUGCGACAUCGAGUGAGGUCCCGCAGAACACGUUCAGCCAGGUAUACCCCGUCUGUGUCGUUGUCGUAGACCCAGCAAUGCAUACGAAAAAGCUUCAGACUUUUUCAUGGACAGAAUGGUCGGCCUUGACUGCCGAUUUGGAGCGGUGGAAGAGCAAGAGCUCUGUGCACAAACAGCACGUACUCUACUGGAGAGAUUCACAAGGGUGUCUAUGUCCCCUUGAUGAACAGCCGCGUGACUUCAAGUUCGUUGCUGAUGAUGAUUAUGGUUGGAUGGGUCUUCAAGUUGACUUGAUUCUCCAGACACUUGCGGUUGUGAAAAAUGGGAUCGACGAGAAUCUCAUACUUGUUCCAGGAGUUACAGUGACUGUCGAAGACCUCAUCAGCUACUUCGACCGUGUUGUCAGGCCACAACUCCAAGGCCUCACAGCAUGUUACCAAAGCGCAUCUGGAAGGCUCCGCAAACUCGAUGGAACCCGCGAGAGUUUGCAAGCUUUCAGCCGAGAUGCUCUGCAGCGCACAUCCGACAGCUCAUCGCUGGACCUCCGCUUCGAGCUUCGGCAGGACAGGACGAGAUUGACGUUGCACGACGUGCCGGGCGAGCAGGGGCCGCGAAGCGUUUAUGUGUCGAGAUUGCCGAGGGAAGAGCUGACCAUGAACUCCAUUCUUCAAAAGUUGCCAGAGAAUUGCAAUGCCACAUUCUCUUUGAACAACGAACGGCAUGUCGAACUCUGCGAAGGUUCGCUAGCGAUGUUCAAGCUAGUAUCGCUUGAGAAUUCCAGGUCGGAUCUUGACAUCGAGUUCAACCUCUAUGUUCACGAGGCAACAGGGGGCUCCUCUCAAGAACUAUCGGAGGCAUUGUUGGCGGAUGAGAGGCCUGCUUCCCAGACCCAAGCGGGGUCAGCUCCAACCGCUCCCGUCACGGAACCAAGCGCCUUCCCAGGGCCAGGGGAAUCACAAUCAGCCGAGGCAGAGGCACCGGCUGACCAAACCCAAGACCAAGCAGCUGGGGUCGCGAGUAUUGAGAGGCCGGCCGACCAAGCCCCAUCAAGUAGUCCACCCGGACUCUCCCCACAGCUAGAGGAGGCUUCGGAAGCGGAUGACAUCCCAGUCCCGGUCUCCACAUUGGACGAGAAUGCGAGGAGCCCGGAGCCAGCCCUGGCAGCCCAGGGGGCGCGGGGACGGACACCGGCAUCGCGAACACCUGUGAGAUACAUUGGAUGGCAAGUAUUUUUUUCUGACGGCACCGAACGCCGGAAUCCUCCCAACUGGACGGAGUUCAAGCCGGGGCAGUGGUACUACAGCGACAUAGGCAGUGAUGACAAGUGGUACUGGUACAAGGCUUUGGACAAUUUGACAUUGGUUUGCGAAUAUCCUCCGAAUGUACCUUGGCGUUGGACACCUGACGAGAGUGUAACAUAUCUGCAUGGCGAUUCUGAGACACUAACGGAGCGUUGGUGCUGGGAUGGGUACUAUAACAGCUACUACUACAGAAGCAGUCUUGACGAACUUUGGUAUCGGGCCCAGCCGAAAUUGUUAUUGGGGGGGGAGGGGGCGGGGUACUUCGAGUAUCCUCCUUCGGAGAUCGCGCCACAGGGGCCUCUGUGGCUUCGUAGGACUGGCUAG